CUGCCAGUCUUGCAGACAAUCGGGGUACAUAAGGGGGUAUGGCCUCCCCAUGCCUCGAUUUGCUGAGUUAUCAGCGAUGCCGGGUGCGCCGUGACUGGGUCGUGAGACGCGCUGCAGCGAGGCGGCCCCCCGUCCAUCGAUCGCAGGGGAGCGUAUAUCUCUGAUUGCUCUUCGCUCCUACCACCAUGUCGUCGUGCUCGUCGUCGGGCGCGAUGGGCGGCGGGGCGCGGGUGGCUGCGCCAGGGCGGUCGCACCGACGCUCGCGUGGUGUAGAUCGGUGUCGAUCGCGCGCCCUGCACGCGAUCGAUAACCUCGCCCCCGCCCACUUGCGUCCUCGCCAACGCACGCGACGACCAACCGCCUCCUGCUUCCCUCUCCCAUGACGUCCCACCCUCUCACUGUGCUCUGCAAGCCAGCGCCCUGCGGCGAUGGGACGUACAGGCGUCCGAUAACGACUGCAGAAGCACCCCGCUCCACCGUGGGCACGCCGUGCCGCCAGACAAGCGCAGGCGGCCGUGCGCGAGCACACCCCAAAACGCCUGCGGGCGUGGCAUAUCGCUCACCGAAGAAGAGGCGGCACGGAAGUGGGGUGCAUCGGGGGAUGCGAUAUAUAUCAGGCCGUGCAUCGAGGGGGAUCCUGCCUGGCUUGUCUUUGGGCUUCCUGCUGCUGCUACGGUCGACGGCUCUGCUUGCUCUGGGAUGUCCCUUUGGCUCCGCGUUCUCUGGGGGUGUUGCGGCUGAUCUCUGUGGCUGGAGGUUUAGCUUCGGGGGGUACCACGCACCCAGUACCGUGGUCAAGAAUCGCGGCGCUGCGUGGGGGAUGGCUGCAUGUCUGUUUGCCUUUAGUGGAUUCUGGACGCUGCGUGGCGUUCUAACUGGGCAAGCUUGACCAGCCGGAGGCGCGUCGACACAGGUGACAGCUCUCGUGGUCCGUCAUGCUCUCCUGCGUGCUGCGAAGCGUUGUCGAUGGACACGAUCGAGCGCAGCGAUGGACGCUAUAUGCGCUUCUGUACGUACGGGAUUCCACGACUGGGAGCGACGCUCGUCCGGGCGGCAUGUGCUUCCCCGCAGGUGCUGUAUACGACGGCCCUAGGGAGGGGUAUAAGCGGAUUUCGUAGCUGAUAGGGCCAUACGACGCUGUCUGCGCUUAUGAUGCUAUUAUGUACCGGCCACGGAGUCCGCGUCCGUGGACCGCGUCUGUUCGCAUGUCCAUUCAGUCCUGUAUUAGUACGUAGCCUGUGAUUGCGCUGUGGCAUGUAACGUGCUUGGCUCGGGCAAUUGCACGCUUCGUGACCUUUGUUCG